AUGGACAACUGUGGCGGCGGCGGCGGCUUGGCUUCGCCGCCGCCGUCGUCUGAGAGCGGCCGGAGAAGGAAGAAGAAGGUACGGCGGAGUUUCUCCGUCGCCUCCAUGAAGGCCGUUUUCUGCAAGCCAUCGUCGCUAAGGAAAUCGAAAAGCGAAUCUUCGAAGCAAGACCACUUGGACCGACCGAGCAGCAACUUAUUAUCGAAAAGCAAAAAGCUCGUAAAAUCGGUAAAGAAGAGUUUCACAUGCAAGCCCUUUUGGGAGCCUCACCAAGAAAUAUUCCGUAUAAAUUCGAACCAUUCUUCUUCGAUAUUCUCGUCAAACUCAAGCCGCCACCGCUCCUCCGCCUCAUCGAUGUCCUCUUCCUCCAUCUCUUCCCUCUCUUCCAACUCGGGAUCGGAAUAUUCCGACGGCAUCAUCAGACGCUCCGUUUCUCUUGAUUUCGAACAAAUGAGCCCCCCAAUUAACAGUACUACUACUACUACUACUACUACCACUACACUGCAGAAACCUACGAGAAGAGACUGCGGACGAAAACGUAUUAGUAAUUAUUGUAACCCUAGUCUUGAUCAAAUGUGUAUUUUUUUGGUUUGGUUGGGUGCAUUGGUUUUUUGGGGCAAGGUUUUCGCGAUAGUGACUUGUACUUCGACGUGGCUCUUCGUUUAUCCCGGUCAUCGGUUCCAAAGGGUUGACUCGUCGGUAAAUGACGUCAGCAAUAUCGUUGACUCGGAAGAGUACAAGAAAAGGGUGGUCAUGGAAGGGUUGCUGGAGAGGAACCGGCCUGGACUCGUUUUCGAGGAAGAGAAGUUGAUAUCCAUCGAAGAACCGUAUGACAGCUCAGUCUCCACAAGAUUAGUACUCGAGACAUCUGGUCUGAUCAAGCGCUACAUUAUGAAUGCAAGAAAGGACAAGUGGAAUUCCGUGCACGAACUUCCGCGGGACCCGUGCGACGAAUACGGUCAGUGUGGUCCCUACGGAAUCUGCAGAGUUGAUAAACCGAUAAGGUGUGAGUGUUUCAAGGGGUUUGCACCGAAAUCCCAGAAAGAUUGGGACCAUCAAGAUUGGUCCGAUGGAUGCAAUAGAAUUACGCCGUUGAAUUGUAAUAAUGGAGAUGGUUUCCUUGAGUUUAGAAGGGUGAAGUAUCCUGAUAUGUUGAAGUAUUGGUUAAAUCUUAGCAUGGGCCUCGGUGAAUGCCGAGAUCAGUGCUUAAGAAACUGGAAUUGUACGGCUUAUGCUAAUCCGGUCAUAACUUACGGAGGCAGUGGUUGCUUGAUGCAUGUGGUUUGGGGAGCUCGUUGA